AUGUCUGACGCCGUUGUUGCCGCUGCCCCAGUCGCCGCUCCAUCACCAAAGAAAGCCACCAAGGCUACCAAGAUCCCAAAGGUCAAGAAGGCUGCCGGUGCUGCUCCAGCUCAUCCACCAUACAUCAACAUGAUCAAGGCCGCUAUCAAGGAUAUCAAGGACCGUAAGGGAGCUUCCAAGCAAGCUAUCCUUAAGUUCAUCUCCCAAAACAACAAGCUCGGAGACAACACCAAAUCGGUAAGUACUCUUUUUUCCACAAGAUUUUUCACAUCGCCUUCGAAGAUCCAUCAAUUCAUUAUUCUUCUUUCAGAUCAACGCUCAUCUCAAGCAAGCUUUGGUCCGUGGAGUCGCCUCCAAGGCCCUUGUUCAAGCCGCCGGAGCUGGAGCCAACGGACGAUUCAAGUUGGCUGAAAAAGCCGCCGCUGCACCAAAGAAGGCCGCUGCCCCAAAACCAAAGAAGGCUGCCGGAGCUGCCAAGCCAAAGAAAGCCGCCGGAGCUGCCAAGCCAAAGAAGGCCGCCGCCGCCAAGAAACCAGCUGCUGAAAAGAAGGCCAAGUCACCAAAGAAGGCCGCUGCCCCAAAGGUCAAGAAGGUCGCCAAAUCACCAGCCAAGAAAGCCGCACCAAAGAAGGCUGCAAAGAAAGCCACCAAAGCUUAA